AUGGCCGCCGACACCCGAUCAACGUGGAAGAGUUGGUGCAAAUGGUCAAGCAGCAGUUGGAUGAGAACCUGGAUCGUGAUUGCACUCCGAUGGGGGGGCUGUGGGUCGUACGGGGCGCCGUUCAAGGUCACUUGUGCCGCGUACGGUUAUACAGUUGUUGGUAAAGGAACGACGUCGCGGCUUUGGAAGGAGGUGUCGCGUGAGGCGGAGAUCUACCGUGUUCUUCGGCGUGUACAAGGGUCUGCAGUUCCAGUUUUCCCUGGAAGGAUUGACUUGGCCCAAGUUUAUUUCUUGCAUGGUGCGGGAGAGAUCCGCCACAUGCUCCUCAUGGGCUGGGGCGGCGAUAGUGUGGGCCGUAUCAAGCACGACGAAAACAUCCAACGUGCGAUUUCACGCUCCGAGAAGAAAAUCCGUUCUCUUGGCGUCUUCCAUCAGGAUCUCCGGCCAGAGAACAUUCUGUGGGACCCAGAGCUGAAAUGGGCCUUAAUAAUCGACUUUCAUCGAUGUACGUUGGAUCACCGACCGAUUCAUCGGCGACCUCGGUCUCUGAAGAGAUUAUUGUCCGGGACCGAGGAAUGGGAAGUAAAAUGA